GUUGAUGGUGUGGGUGGGAGUGGAUGGGUGUGUGCAGGAGUGACAGGGAAGAGGAUGCCAGAGGGCAGUUGUCAGUUGAGUUGAGCCAAACCGAUGUCAGCCAGUUUUUUGGUUGCAGUAGUCAGAGUGGCAUCGAACAGACCGCCGUCCGUCAGAUUUAUGAUAGGUGCUGCGUGCUGCGUUUCGCUCAGCUUAUGAUACGACCCGCGAGGUCUCCCUCAUGCUCCAGCAAAGGAACUCCGCUCAGAUGCGUCUGCCAGUCAGAUUGGCGCAUUCUCUGGGCCUCACACUUUUAUUUUAUUUGAUAGGUUUAACAAAUGGCAACGAUACGCCGAUUUUUACAAGUAGACCAUCUAUAAUGAAGGCUUCACAUCAUGAUACUGUACAACUACCCUGCUUUAUUGACAACUUGGUGGCUGAUGUUAGGUGCGAACACAGUGCGGUGGUGGCGUGAGCAAGAGCUGAUCUGGGACUCGAGUGACACUGGUCUGCGCGCGCCGGCCAAUGUGCGAAUGUUCGCCACCAACCACACACUCGAGGUGGCUGACGUCAGCGCGGCUGACUCGGGCAACUACAUAUGCCAAGUUGUCCGCCCCGAGCCCUGGGGGCCACUCAAUCAGAUUCACGCCAUCGAGGUUCAAUUUGCUCCAACUGUGACCCCAUUACCGGACUCAGGUGAAAUCGAAGUCAAACUGAAUGAUGAAGCAGCCUUUGGAUGUUUAGCAACGGGUAUGCCACAACCAAUCAUCACAUGGACUUUUCAGGGGAAAAAGUUGCAGCUCUUGACCAACCGGGAAAAUAUCUCCUUCACAGUGACCAGCAAGGCAAUGGAAGGUGAAUACCAAUGUAUCGCCAACAAUGGGGUGGGUGAGCCUGCUGUAGCGUCUGUAUUCCUCAGAAUAAUUUAUCCACCAGAAGUUACAACAGAAAAGCUGUGGAUCCAUACCGCACCUGGAUCGAGGAUUGAUUUAUCCUGCACAGUCCAUGCAAAUCCAGAUGCUACGGUGGAAUGGUAUAGACAAGAUGCUGUAAUAGAUGAGAGGCCAAGAAUAAUGAAACACAGGAAUAAUGACAAAUACUCUCUCAUCAUCAGAAAUGUACGGAAAGAAGACUUUGGCUACUUCACUUGCAAAGCAAAGAACAGUGUAGGCACAGGCCAACAAACUAUGCAUUUAUCUGGAAUCGCCAAUCCAGCUGUACUUAAGAAAACACCGCACCAAACAGACGAAGGCAGUUUCACUCUAGUUUGGCAAGUCGAUAGUUAUUCGGCAAUCUAUGAAUACUCGCUUCUCUUCAGGAUACAUAGUGGUGAAGGCAAAAGCCCGAACGAAUGGACGAAGCUGGUGAUCCCAGCCGAUACGUACAGCCCAGGCCCGUUGCACAGUCAAUCAUACACGUUGACUGGGCUCAAGGCUUCCACCAUCUAUGAGGCAACGGUCCUAUCCAGGAACCCUUUCGGCUGGAGUCGGCCUUCUCAGAUACUCAAGUUCACAACGGCAGGAUCGGAUGUAAAUGAAGACGAAAAGAAGUCGCAGGAACAGAUGGAGGAAGAAAAAGAAGAAAUAGAGGAAGGAGACGCAAUUGAUGGAGAAACCAACAUUCAGAAUAUCAUAUCAGGUAACUUAGCAGAUAUAGUGAAUUGAAAAAGGUUUCUAAUAGCAACAAGCAUUCUCGUGGUCAUUGAAGAAAUAAGAUUAAAGUACAUUUGAAGAAUGAAUGCAAGAAAAUAGAUGCACUAACAAAAAUACUUAAAUAUGUCAGACCUUAUCCAAUAAAAGCUCUACAUUCGAAUCAACUUGAUAAUAUUUUUACAUUAAAGAUUACAAAUUGAUAAUAUUAUAUUAAUACAUUGAAGAUCUACUCAUCAGUUGGUCAUGCAAUUUUAAAAAAACGAUUGAAGAAUUGAUUGUUUAAAUUAAGUGAGGAGGAAGCCGUGGCGGGCGGCGGACUCACAUGGCCCCAACUGACUCAAUGUCAAUAAAGACUGACUCUAUAAUACACAGACUGAAUAUACGAUGCAUACUAACUCGUUACGUUACAGACUGACUUUAUACCAUACAAUACAAUGACAAUUAUUUGGAUGAAAUUUCCCUCAAUGAUCAUCGACUUCAUUUAGGCUCUCUUUCUCCUUCCCUCCAUAAAGAUUCACUACUUGAAAUUACCAACUCGAGUCUGCGCACAGACCACAGUGCCCAUGCAGGCUCAUUCCAUAAUGUAAAAAAAACUUAAUUCAAGUACUCUAUUAUUUGUAUUCUAUAGGUUUAUUAUUAUUAAUACAAACUAAUAAUUAACUUAAUAAAAAAAGCUAAAUAUUUAAUACUAGCAGAUCAUCUAUAAAACGACAUUCAAUCUCUAAACAUCUUAAAUGAACAAAAUAACUGUACCAAGUGUGUUAUAAAAUCAAACCAAUUUGAUACUAAAAAGAAAUAAUAGCAGAAUUUGAUGAUGAAUGUUUAUACUGCAUUAUGAACUAUAAAUAUGUUUGAUCUCAUGAUGUGAAAAAUAAAAUUUUUUCUUAAGUUA